CGUCAUCUCCAGUGCAGCACGCGGGUCUGCUACAGCAUCAAUUCAACUACUCGCAGUCUUGGAUCGAAUAAUACUUGAGAAUGGCACCUAAGAAAGAGGGAAACUCGAAGAAGGAAGCCGGGAGGGCGCGGAAGGCAGAGACUGAACAGAAGAAGAAAGACGCUGUUACAGCAGAAAAAGAGCGCAAAGAAGCUGCAGAAUGGGAAGCUGGAGCAAAAUCUAGCAAAGGGAAAGACGACAAAGAGGCGAAGCGUGCUGCGGACGCUGCACGCAAGGCGGAGAACGCGCGUCUCCUCGCUGAAGAGGAGGCAUCAGCACCUUCCAAACCAAAGGCUGCGCCCAAGGCGGGUGCGAAGAAAGCUGCUGCGCCCAAGGCACCUGCUGGGCCUGGAGCGCUGGCGGCUGGGGGCCUGCAACUACCGGAAAAAAAAGAGGAGGGGAAGGAGGAUAAGGAAAUGGAGGAAGUGGUGGAGACCUUUGCCGCUACAGGACUCGAUGACGCCUUGGAUCUCCUGACGGCGAUAAACGCCAAGAAGGACAAGGCAAGCAUAGGCACCGCUGCUGGUCAGUUGGAGAAGCAUCCCGAGCGCCGCUUCAAGGCCGCCUUCAAGGAGUACGAAGAACGCAUGUUGCCCAAGCUCAGAGAAGAGCGACCGGGAUUGCGGUUACAACAAUACAAGGAUCUCAUAUUCAAGCAAUUCCAGAAGGCUCCGGAGAACCCCUUCAAUCAAGCCGCCGUGGAGUAUAACGCCACGAAGGAAGAACGAAUCGAGGUGCUCAAUAAACAGAGGCGACACGUUGAGGACCGUUUACGUGUGGAUGACUGAUGUUCGUUCCUGUUACUCCGGACCAUCAUUCAGUGGGCGCGAUUGUAUACUCCAGGCAAUGUCUCGUGUACAACAACCUUCUUUGCAAUGUAUGACUAUUAUUCA